UGUUCUUUCCGCCCCCAUCCCCUUCCCUUUCUUUACUCUUUAAUUUCGUUCAUUCAUCUUCUUCCAUCUCUAAGGCCCUCUGGUUUUCUUUCAGUUUAAUCUGGGUUUAUAGAUCAGCAUAUUUGGUUCCAAUCAAUCCUUUUAUUUUACUUUCAAAAUUGUUCAAUCGUCUUGUUUUAUUACCAUGAUCUACGUAUUUUUCAAUGGCUUUUGUUUGGGAAUUUGCUUUUUCAUUCUUUUCUCCAAUUAUAUUUCAAAUAGAUGGAUUCAUUAUACUAUUAAUUUGAACAUCUUGUUAUAUUACUGAAUGAGUUUAAUUCGAGAUUUUGCUGUUUUGGUUUUUUUCAAUAGAUCCAUUCGAUCUUUAAAAAUCAAAUCUAUAAGGCUUGAUCUUAUAGAUGUCUUCAUUUUACCAUUGAUUUGGUUCAGUUUCAUCAUAUACAUGAUUUUGGCAUUCUUGAAUGAGAUUUACUGGAGAAUUUGCAGUCAGCUUUUUUUCCAAUUACAUGUGUUCGAUAUUUAAAGAUCCAAGUCGAUUUGAUCUUGUAGAUCUGUUCUUUUAACGAUUAAUUUGGUUCAAUUUUUUUAUUAACAUGAUCUUGGUGUUCUUGAAUGAGUUUUAUUGAAGACAUUGCUGUCCAAUUAAAUUCAUUCGAUAUUUAAAGAUCCUAUCAAUUUGAUCUACAUGAUCUUGGUAUUAUGGAAUGAGUUUUAUUUAUGAAUUUGCUGUCAUAGAUUUUUUUCAUUCAAAUUCAUUUGAUAUUUAAAGAAUGAUCAAAUCGAUUUGAUCUUAUGGAUGGUUAAUUUUCUUAAUGAUUUGGUUAAAUCUCUUAAUCUACUUGAUCUGGAUGGUUUGAGUGAGAUUCAUUGGAGAUUUCGCUGUCUUUUUGUUCCAAUAAGAUUCAUUCUGUACUAUUAAUAGAUCGGUUCCAACUCUCAUUAAUUUUCUUCAACUUUUUUUCCGGUCAUUUAUAGAUUUGUUCCAAAUACUAUUAAUUUUGUUCAAGUAUAUCAAGUAUAUGGUCUCAGUGUUCUUGAAUGAGAAUAGAUCUUAUAGAUCGGUUAAAGUUUUUCGUUCAAUCCCAAAAGACUUCUUAUGCCGGACAACAAUGUACAAUCCUCUGUUACUUAGAGGAAAGAAGAUGUUUUAUGAAUAUUGGUCUCAGAGAGGAUUGGGCCUAAUUGGGCCAAUGAAACCCAAACCAUUUCAGGUAUGUUUUCUUGUUACAAAAUUCUCCAACCAUUACAAAUUUUUCCAACCCCCACGAAGUGUUAUGAAUAAAAUUAAAUUAUUUAAAAAAGAAAUUUUAGUCUUCUAUUUUCAAUAGGUAAAAAAAUAUUAUACUCCGUAGCUUUUCUAAGUUCAGGAACAUAAACCCUAUUCCUUUCUCAUUAUUUCGAAUGUCCUUCUACUCUUUCUACUCUCAUCUGGAUCUCCCAAACCCUAUUCCUUUUCAUUAUUUCGCAUUUCCUUCUGCUCCUUCUACUCUCGUCUGGAAAUUUCUUCUCCUUUGCGAAUAAUCUUCCAUCUCGCUGCAACUACAAAAUGUGAGUAACCAUAUAGCUUAUUUGGCAUUUUUGUUUCACUGAAAUUUUCUUACUUUUCUGUAAGUGGUUAUGCUUGUUCAUCCUUGUUUCUUUUCUGUUUUGUUGCUUUCUGAUAAUAUGUUCUAUGUUUUGUCUAGGAUUCUUGAUUUUAGGGAUAUGCCAAAUUAUCAUAAACACGAAUUCAAGCUCAAUUCUAAAUGUCUGGACAUUAGGGAUAAAUUUGUGGAAUUAAUGAGAUUCACUAGGUCAAUGGCUUCUAUGAAUGGGACUGAGUUUGGAGGGAUUUUUGAAGCAAGAUGUAUUCAGGGGUUUCCUCUUUUUGUGGUUAAGGUGGUGUAUGAGGAUAAAUGCUGUGAGUUAUUGAUUAAGAGGGCUGAUCUGUAUAUAAUUGGAUAUCGGUUUGAUGGUAAAUGGUACCAUUUUUGGGAUUCAGAUGUAAUGUUGGAUGGUUCAAUUCGUGCUUUUGAGUAUCUUGCUUAUGAAAAUGAUUUAUGUUCUGAGCUUGGGGCACAUUCCCUUAGGUAUGGAGUGGAAUUAAUGAACUAUCCUGACUCUAAAUCAAGAAAAAAGGGGUGUGAAAUUUUCUAUGUUCAUAUAUCUGAAAGUGCUCGUUUCCUCCCUAUCCAGAGUUUAAUCUGUCAAGGUUUUUUAAGAGGCGGCUUGGUUGAUUUUGAAAAUCCUAUACUUUCUGAAACUGUCCUAUUUGAAUGGGCAGAAGGAACUGCUGAAGAAAUUGAUGUAGUUUGUUAUGUCUAUGCUUCUAGGAAACCAGAUUUCUUUAAAUUCAAAGAAGCAUUUGACUUUAUGGGAAAUUUGGUCCGAAAUUGGGAGUGUUUGUCCAAGGCCUGGGCUAUGUAUUGUUUGUUGGGGACACAAGAUCAUUUCCAAACCCUAGAUGUUAAUUUAAGCCAAUGCAGAAUUAGGAAUGUCCAUUCAUUGAGAAAUAUAUUAGGUUUGCUUGCCAAUCAGAAAUUGGAAGAAUUGCGCACCUUGAUUGUUGAUGAUCCUGCUCUUGAUGCUGCGGAAAAUCACCAGCGAAGGGUAAAUCUAAGAGCUAAAAUUGAUUCUUGGACUCAAGACAGGAACAAGAAUGUUGUUGCAACUAAAAAGGUUGAGCUGUCCGGGAAGAAAAGCCGUUGAUGUUUUUGCCUAGUUGAAUAUUGGCUUAAUGUUUAGGUGAUGGUUUUAACUGGAAUGAUUCAAUAUUUUGUAUUUUGCUUAGCAGUUUAGAUGGAAACUCAUUUUAUGUUUUUGGGAAUUGAUUCUAGAUAUUGUUUUGUAUUUUUGGAAGACCCUCUGAGAUUGUGUAUUCUUAAUGUUGUUGGAAUGACACUUUCAGUUCUCUCUUUUGGUACUUUACUUUGUUGUGUAUUACAAUUAUGAAAAGUUUGAGAAACAAAUUUGAUAUGAAUAU